GGGAUCGUGAUUCAUGAGGCUACCUGAAAGGAGAACAUGUUUAGAAAGCAAUCGGGAAUAUUGAACAUUGCGUUGUGUAGGAAGAAGCAAGUCACAUGGUUAAAAAGGUUUUUUUGGAGUUUGUUCUCCUCUUGUAAUACAAUCAAUUUCACUUUGUAGACGAUGCUGCCAUUUGAGUGAGCUCAGUUCUACAGUAGUGCCAGAUCAUAGUACACAUGUAUACAUAUUUUGUAAAGUUCAUGCUUUGAUCAGGUUCAAUUUAAACAUUACAUGUAUCUACUUGCCAAAUACUCGGUACAUGAAUGGAAUUAGGCAGCAGAAUCAGCUCUCCUAGGGUCAUGACAAUAGAGCAAUAUAUUAGGAGUGCACUGAAAAAAACCUUAUCCACGAUGAAUGAUUCCAUUUUGAAUGGCUACGAUGAAAUCCAGGUGGCGCUGAUGGAGGAGAGGUGCAUAUUGACAGACCAGAAUGACAAGGUCACAGGCCCUGCCACAAAGAAAACCUGUCAUUUAAUGCACAACAUCAACAAAGGUAUGCUGCAUAGAGCAUUUAGUGUGUUUCUGUUCAACUCAGAAGGAAAUCUUCUAUUACAACAGAGAUCUGAUGCUAAGAUUACGUUUCCAGGUCAUUUUACGAACACUUGCUGUAGUCACCCACUGUACACGACCUCCGAACUGGACGGGGCGCUGGGAGUCAAACGGGCGGCCCAGCGGAAACUCCAGCAUGAACUGGGGAUUGACCCGAUUCAGCUUUCAUCAAAGGACCUCAAGUUUGUCACAAGGGUUCAUUACAAGGCAGAAAAUGCCCCGAAUCCUGGGACGUGGGGCGAACACGAAAUAGACUACAUUCUCAUAGCUCAGAAAGAUGUAGAUAUCAAGCCGAAUCCUAACGAGGUCAAAAGUCACCAGUAUGUGGACAAACGGCAGUUACUACAGAUGAUAGAUAAAUCUCAGAUGGGAGAUAUUUGGAUAACACCGUGGUUCAGACUGAUUGUGGACCAAUUCUUGAUGUACUGGUGGGAGAAUUUACACAAUAUAGAGCAAUGUAGUGACCAAACUAUACAUAGACUGCUUGAUUAAUUAUGUCAAUGAGUUAAUUAGGACCAUAUAUAUUGUAAUGAUAUUACAUGACUGUGCAAUAAAAUGUUUGGAUGCAA